UAGCAAUCCAUAGGCAAUCUAGCAAGCAAGUUUGAGAUUGUUCCGAGGAAAGUCUGUGACAGAAGCUGAAAGAUAGAGCUACUUCAGCCUAGCGAAAGCUUUGUAAGAUCGCUGCAUUUAUAGCUAGCUACUUGAAUCAUUGUAAUCCCCAUGGGCCUCUUUGGAAUCAAGAUGAAUAACACAGAAGUUGAGAGAAUCGAGGCAUCACUGGACAGGGACUGGGUAGUCUCAUUGGAGAAUAGGCUGUCAGACACAAAUUCUAGGGACAGAUACAUAGAGCCAACAAUAUACAGAGUCUCGGAUAUCUUGAAAAGUGUCGACCCCCAAGCCUAUGAGCCGUUGAUCGUCUCGCUCGGCCCAUACCACCGCGACAAACCUCAUCUACAGGCCAUGAAUCAUCGAAAACGGAAGUCCGUCAAGUUUGUCCUCGAGCAGAACCCUGGUGUGGCCUUGGCGGACUAUCUGGAUCGGAUCAAGGAUCUGGAAACGAUUGCACGCGAUGUCUAUUCGGAGGAAGUGGAGAUGACCAGCAACAGUUUUGCGGAAAUGAUGUUGCUGGACGGAUGCUUUGUGAUACAUACAAUAAUGGAGGGUCAUACCCGGCGCACUCGAAAUGUAGUAGUACGAGAUAUCUUCAUGCUCGAAAACCAGCUUCCUUUCAUUCUUCUUGAAACUCUGUUCGAAUCUGCAUUUGGUGGCCGCCGCUAUGACUUUCGAUAUAUAACAUUCGAGUUCAUCUGUAUGCAUUUCUCAAGUAACUUGAAACGUCCCUCCGACAACGAUUUUUUUCACCACAUAAUUCAUCUUUUUCUUUCUUGUAUUGAUCCGACAACAAACCAUUACAAUGGCAAUGUUCGAGAUGCUAACCCCGAGGAGGGUCUCCCUGUCCCUGAAUUAUCAUGGAUUCCCAGUGCUACAGUGUUCAAUAAAGCUGGAAUUCGCUUCGAAAGAAAAGAGACAGACAAGGGUUUCCUGGACAUUACAUUUCAUAACGGCAAGUUGGAGAUUCCCCAACUUCAAAUAGACGGCCUCACCAACUCACUCUUGAGAAAUCUUGUCGCGUAUGAGCAAUAUUCAACGGAUUCCAAGUUCCAUGUUACAUCCUAUGUGGUGCUUAUGGAUUACCUCAUCAAUACGGCAGCAGAUGUCGAAUUGCUUCAACAUCAUGAAAUCAUUAUUAGCAGCAUAGGAGACAACCAAGAAAUUGCCACUCUAUUUAACAAACUUGGCACGUAUGUCAGCAAGUCAGACGAUUCCUACCUUAAGGGCGUCGUCAUUGCCAUGAAAAAGCACUACGACACCAGAUACAGCAAAUGGCGCGCAAGGUUGAAUCACAAUUACUUUGGGUUGAAUCACGAUUUCUUUAGUAAUCCUUGGGCAGUUAUCUCAUUAUUUGGUGCUCUUUGCCUAUUUGUUCUUACUGUGAUACAAAGCACGUUUACUAUUCUGAGCUAUUUUCUGCCGCCAAAAUAGCUUCCUCACUAAAAAGUAGAUUAUCAGAACGAGGGGAUGUUUGUUGUUGUUGUUUAAAAACUAAUUUUUGUUGCUUAUGAAGUGCGUAUCAUAUUCAUGUGUCCGAAGAGAUGUCUUGUUGGCAAAUAAAGGGAUACUUCCCAAAUUCUAUAAAUAUAGAGGUCGUGGUUGUUCUUUUCAUGCUAUCCAUGCUAACCAAGGAGCUUGUUUCUUCUCAUGAUAUUGGGGAAAUAUUAUGAAUUUACAAAAUUUAAAUUCAGACUUAUCUGUUAAGAGACCUAACGAAUAAUCUUAAAUUAUCAGUGUAGCUGAUUUUUAUCAAAUGCUACUGAGCCACCGACUACUGACUCUGAGUGCUAAAUCGGCUGACUGUCCGAGUCAAGAAGAAGUCACAAUGUCACCCGAGUGGACGCUGAGUCAAGAAGAAAGCUACCGAAUAGUUCCUUCCGUCGAGAAGAGAAAAAGCCAAAUGCUUCCCUCAGUCGGAAAGCAGAGUCCCUGAGUCAAUCAAUCAAGUAGUUUUAACUAAAAAAUUAUUUGAUGGACAAAAGGACACAGUAAUUUAAUCGACUCCAUAUAAAGAAGAGUGCAUCUAAAGAGUCUUCACAUAGAACUUGCUUUGGUGUGAGAAAGUAGCAAUCCAUAAA